CUUUGGAAUGCAGUAUUAUACAGUCAAACGAAAAUGAUCGACAAUUAUUGAUGGUUACACAACGCGAUAAUUUGAGAAAUCAAAAAUUAUCAUAUCAACUAGAUGAAGCAAGAAACGAAAAUAAAUUAUUGUUGAAUGCUCUUCAAUUAAACAAAGAUAACAAUAAAGAUCCUUCAAAAUCACGCACUCAGAUGGAUUUCACAUCUUAUUCAACAGUAAGUUUGGUUCAUCUUCAAUAUAAAUACGAAGAAUUAUCGUCGAGUCACGAAGGUUUAUUGAAAGUGCUCGAUUCAAAAGUGAAGGAAUGCCAAAAAUGUUAUCGUGAAAAUGAAGAAUUAAGGGAUGAAAUUCAAAAUCUUAAAAUACAAAUUGCCGAAAAUAUAAGAACGAUUAAAACGUUAUGUGAUAAAUAUAUGAAAUUAAAAGGGCGCAAAGAUUUGAAAAUUUUCUUUUAAGAUUUCUAGUUUGAGAUAUGAAAGGGAUACUUUAAAAAUGGUGCACAGUCGUCUCGUUAAUUUGCUUAAUCAGAAAUAUUAAGAAGAUUUAAGGAUUUUUUUUAAGAAGUAGUAAUGUGGAAACAAGACAUACGUUUUAUUAAACCAGAAAUUAUUUUUUUAAGUACAAUAUUUAAUUGGUACAAUGUGUGCUGUCGUAACAAAUUCUUAACAGUAUAUGAAAAUAUCUAUCACAGUCUGAUUACGUUCUGAUGAGAUCUCUAUCAUUUAAGGUGGAAUUGUUUGUAAACCUAAACUUUCAUUGAAUAAACUUGUAAUAUCCAAA